UCAAAAUCAAGGGCAAACCUCGGACAAUUGAACGAAUAUGCAUGCUGCAAUUUAAAACAACGUCGAUCUAGCCAAUAUAAAAUCUCUGCAGAACUAGAAGUCACGCAUUCCCAUUUUUAGUUCUGUGGAUUCAAAAAAUCAAGAAUGGGAGUCUACAGUGUUAUUCUCCUGGCCGCAGGUCUUUUCGUGGGUGCACUGGCCAUAGAUUGCAACAAGAACCUCUUACCCGAUUUGAGCUACAAACUCAGUGGAACUGAAUUAGCUUUUCCCUGCAAAAGUACAGAAAACAUAUACAAACAGACUGGCAGAUAUAUACCGAAAAACGUAAUCGCUACCAGAUUGCAAGUUUACCAGGAAAACGCAAUUGUAGCACUACCAAGAUAUAAACAUGGUGUGCCAUACACCUUGGCCAAGUUCUCUCUGAAAUCUAAAGGAUGCAAAGCAAUUCUGGAGCCUUUCCCCUGUUGGUCCAUUCAAGAAGAAGGUAACUGUGAAGCCCUGCAGAACGUGAUCGAUAUUGUUCUGGACCCUAACGAUAUUCUGUGGGUGUUGGACUUGGGUAUCUGUAACACUUUGGAACAACCAAUUCGUCGUUGUCCACCUAAGAUUGUUGCCAUCAACGCUGCGACAGGAAUCGUUGUCAAAGUUGUAGAUUUGAGUCCUUUCAUAUUACCCGAAAGCAGACCUCAAUAUAUUUUGGUGGACUAUGCCCCUGACGGUACAGCUUUCGUGUAUGUUUCCGAUGCUGGAACUGGUUCAAUCCUUGUAUACAAUGUAUCACUAGCUAAAGUCUUCAGGGUAGUUCUUCCUCCUGCUGCCAUUCCUCAGAACAAGGAUGUCCUCUACAUCGCUCUUGCAAGGAAAUCAUGCGGAAGUGUAAUUUACCUCACGUAUUUGUCCUCCCCUAAACUCUUCUCCAUCAGGUGUGACCUUAUCUACACUGGACAAGCUAACGGAUGUGUUGUGGAAGCCGGUGUGAACCCACCAGGCACAAAACUCGUUAUGUUGGGUACUGACAACGGUGCUGCAAUCUUCUUCAGGUACAAGGGCGAAUCUGAUAUAUUCAUCUGGAACUCCGAAACUGCCUUCAAACCUGAAAACUUCCUCCUUGUUCAAAAGGGUGGCGACUGCAGAUUGGCAACACAAGUCGUGCCUGGUUACAAGAGAUUGAUGUGGGCCUUGGAAAGUAAUUUCUACGAUUAUAUCUCGAACACUGUUGGAUGUUUGGGAGCUUCUAUGGUUGUUCAACCUCUCAUCAAGACUUGUGAAUGAACAUUAAGUUCUGACGCUGUUAAACUGUGAUUUCUUCUUUUUAUUAAAAAUCUGAUAAAUGAAA